UUGUGGGGUGGGGAGCAGGUAACGGUUCUCCCCGGGCCUUGGGGGGGCCCUCCCCCGCAGGGCCUGUAGCCCGAGCCUGAGUAAGAUUGGGCAUCGGACGCCCCAGGUGGGUGUGACUUCCCUGGCCAGCCAUGAAUGGGCAAGCGGACGUCGAGGUGGACUACAAGAAGAAAUACCGGAACCUGAAACGGAAGCUCAAAUUCCUAAUCUAUGAGCAUGAGUGUUUUCAGGAGGAACUGAGGAAGGCACAGAGAAAGCUGCUGAAGGUGUCCCGGGACAAGAGUUUCCUUUUGGAUCGUCUUCUGCAGUAUGAAAAUGUGGAUGAAGAUUCUUCUGACUCUGAUGCCACAGCAUCCUCAGAGAACAGUGAGACGGAGGGCACACCCAAACUCACUGAGACACCAGCCCCCAAGAGGAAAAGAAGUCCCCCUCUAGGGGGUGCCCCAUCCCCCUCUGGCCUUUCACUACCCCCAUCCUCAGGGUUUCCCCUGCAAGCCUCCGGGGGCCCCUCUCCGUACCUGACCUCGCUGGCCUCCCCCCCAUAUUCCCCCUUCCCCUCCGACUACCUGGCCCUGCAGCUGCCUGAGCCCAGCCCCCUGAGACCCAAGCGGGAGAAACGGCCCCGCCUGCCCCGGAAGCUCAAGAUGGCAGUGGGGCCAUCUGAGUGUCCAGUGGGGGGUUCACUGACCUUCCCAGGCCGGGGAGCUGGUGGUGCUGGGGUAGGGGCAACCCUGGCCCCACUGGGGCCUCCUAAGCUGCCCCCACAUACCAUCCUGAGCACCGUCCCUCGCCAGAUGUUCAGUGAUGCAGGGAGUGGAGAUGAUGCCCUGGACGGCGAUGAUGACCUCGUGAUUGACAUCCCUGAAUGACCACCUAUUCUAGCCCCUUCCUUCCCUCCAGUUGCCAGGUGGCAAUGGCAACCGAAGCAGCAAAGACAAAGAGUGGUGUGUUUUUGGAGACAUUUAUUGAUGCCCAGUCUUAUUGGUCUGGACAUUGACAAUCAGAAGAGGCGUAAACAUGCAGCAAGGCGCCCCCAAAGAAGAGGUGGGGAGGCAGCCCCCAACCCUGAAAGCGGGCACAUGCCGCAUUUGGAUUUGCAGCCAGUGGUGUGCAGGGAAGGCAGAUGGACUCUAGAGGUCAGCACAGGGCUUCCUCGCCCCCUGCUGCCAUAUGCUUUGCCUUCCUCUCGCCCUGGAUGCAGCCAGAAGAAAAAGGGGCAGCCAGGAGGACCUCUGCCUCCCCUCCCUGAAGGCAAAGACCCUUGCACCAGCCACCAUUUAAAUGGGGCAGCUAGAUAGGGCUAGUUUGUUUUGUUUUUGUUUUUUUACUGCAGACUUUUAUUAAAGGGGUGCUUGGUGGUUUUA